UCUCAGCACGAUCUGAAAUCUGAAUAACACAAACAGUGCAGAAAAUCUGAACCAUGCGGCAGGGAAGCUAGCAAAUUUCAGUUCUUUAUCAGUGAUUGAUCACUGUUUCUUACAGAGAGCGCGCGCCAUGCUGCCUUCCAUGAAGCUCCCGCUCCCCACCUUGGCCGCCGUCGUGGCGCUCUGCGUCGCCUCCUACCUCCUCGCCGUGUGGACGCACCCUGCGCCGCCGCUCCCCACCGCCUCCCUCGCCGUCCUCCCGUGUAACACCCGGCAGCCACCAAUUGCGCCGGCCACGGCGACGGUUCAAUCCUCCUCGGUCCCAAAGAAGAACGACACCGCCGUCCUCGACUUCUCGAUCCACCACGGCGCGUCCGACGAGGACGCGGCCGAGGCGGGCGCGCCGCCGUCGCGGCUCGUCCCGGCGUGCGACGCGGCUCACUCGGAGCACACCCCGUGCGAGGGGCAGCGGUGGUCGCUGCGGCAGCCGCGGCGGCGGUUCGCGUACCGGGAGAGGCACUGCCCGCGGCGGGCGGAGCAGCGGCUGCGGUGCCUCGUCCCGGCACCCCGCGGGUACCGCGCGCCGCCCCGGUGGCCGCGGAGCCGCGACGCGGCGUGGUUCGCGAACGCGCCCCACGAGGAGCUGGUGGCGGAGAAGGGGGUGCAGAACUGGAUCCGGAGGGACGGCGACGUGCUCCGGUUCCCCGGCGGCGGGACCAUGUUCCCGCACGGCGCGGACCGGUACAUCGACGACAUCGCCGCGGCGGCCGGCGUGACGCUUGGCGGCGGCGGCGCCGUCAGGACGGCAUUGGACACCGGCUGCGGGGUCGCGAGCUGGGGAGCCUACCUGCUGUCGCGCGACGUCCUGACGAUGUCGUUCGCGCCCAAGGACACCCACGAGGCGCAGGUGCUCUUCGCCCUGGAGCGCGGCGUCCCGGCCAUGCUCGGGAUCAUGGCGACCAAGCGCCUCCCCUACCCGGCCCGCGCCUUCGACAUGGCCCACUGCUCUCGCUGCCUCAUCCCCUGGACCAAAUACAAUGGGCUCUACCUGAUCGAGGUCGACCGGGUUCUCCGGCCCGGCGGGCACUGGGUCCUGUCAGGGCCGCCGGUGAACUGGGAGAGGCAUUUCAAGGGGUGGAAGAGGACGCCGGAGGACCUCGGCUCCGAGCAGUCGGCGAUCGAGGCCAUUGCCAAGAGCCUUUGCUGGAGCAAGGUGCAGCAGGUGGGUGACAUUGCGGUCUGGCAGAAACCCAUCAACCAUGUCAGCUGCAGGGCCAGCAGGAAUCUUGGCUUCUGCAAUGCCAGCCAAGAUCCUGAUGCUGGAUGGUAUGUGAACAUGGAAGAGUGCAUCACUCCCCUGCCGGAGGUGUCCGGGCCAGGAGAGGUCGCCGGAGGGGAGGUCAAGAGAUGGCCGGAGAGGCUAACAGCGCCGCCGCCGAGGAUCGCCGGCGGCAGCCUGGGAAGCAGCGUCACGGUGGACACCUUCGGCAAGGAUGCCGAGGUGUGGAGGAGACGAGUCGACAGGUACAAGGGUGUCAGCGGCGGCCUCGCGGAGAAAGGCCGGUACCGGAAUCUGCUGGACAUGAACGCCGGCCUCGGCGGCUUCGCGGCGGCGCUCGCCGGCGAUCCUGUCUGGGUGAUGAACGUCGUGCCGACUGCUGCCAGUGCCAAUACGCUCGGUGUGAUCUACGAGCGAGGGCUCAUCGGAACAUACCAAGAUUGGUGUGAGGCGAUGUCAACGUAUCCGAGGACGUAUGAUCUGAUCCACGCAGACUCCCUGUUCACAAUGUACAAAGACAGAUGUGAAAUGGAGGACAUAUUGCUGGAGAUGGACCGUGUGCUGAGGCCAGAAGGCACGGUGAUAUUCAGAGACGACAUCGACGUGCUGGUGAAGAUCAAGAACAUCGCCGACGGGAUGAGAUGGGAGAGCAGAAUCGUCGACCAUGAGGACGGCCCGAUGCAGAGGGAGAAGAUCCUUGUGUCUCUCAAGUCUUACUGGACAGCCUAAGGAUUUUGAGCUAUUAAUUAUAUUGGAUAUUGCAGUACAGAUAGUUUCAGUUUUCUCCUCUCUUUCUUGCCUUAUAGGUUUUUUUGUUUUCUUUACAUUUUCUGUGACCUGUCAUGUAGGUUUUUUUUACUUUACAUUUUCUGUGAUUUUUUCGGUUAUACAAAUCGUUUGCACUUUGCACUCCUAAAUGUGUAAACACUGAACAGCGUACUGUAUUGUUCUUUUCCAUUCAAUUCUUCAGUUACACAGAAGACACAUUAAACUACGCAUUCACAGGC